AUGUUUGCCAGACGCUGCUCAAGACUCGUGGCCUCGCAGACUGCCCGGCCAUUGCAGUCAUACAUCUCCCGCUUCUACUCGACUGGAUCCCCAGCCUACGAGUACAUCCUCACAUCUACUCCUAAGCCCGGCGUCGGAUUAAUCACUCUUAACCGGCCAAAGGCUCUCAAUGCCUUGUGUAGCCCUCUCUUCAAGGAGCUCAACGAGGCUCUCACCAAGUAUGACGAAGAUAAGACCAUUGGCGCUAUAAUCAUCACCGGCAGCGAGAAGGCAUUUGCAGGUACGCAUUACGGAUGGGCAAUGGCUUACGUAGGAGUAUCUCCUUCUAACUUAUUACUAGCUGGUGCCGAUAUCAAGGAAAUGGCCCCUCUCACCUUCGCUGCCGCCUACAACGACAACUUCAUUGCUCCUUGGUCGCAUCUUGCCAACACAAUCCGAACUCCCGUCAUUGCUGCGGUAUCCGGAUAUGCUCUCGGAGGUGGCUGCGAGCUCGCAAUGAUGUGUGAUAUGAUCUACUGCACCGACAAGGCCACCUUCGGACAGCCAGAGAUCAAGCUCGGCACUAUCCCCGGAGCCGGUGGCUCUCAGCGUCUGACCAAGCUCGUCGGUAAGAGCAAGGCCAUGGAGCUUAUCCUCACUGGAAAUACCUUCAGCGGAAAGGAAGCUGGGCAGUGGGGAGUAGCCGCCAAGGUUGUUGAGGGUGGCAAGGACGAGCUUAUGGAGGCUACCCUUGAGACUGCUAGCAAAAUCGCUAGCUACAGCCGUGUUGCUGUUGUUGCUGCCAAGGAGGUCGUUAACAAGAGCCAGGAGCUUUCGCUGAAGGAAGGUGUCGAGUUCGAGAGAAGACUGUUCCACGGUCUCUUUGGAAGCAAGGACCAGAAGAUUGGUAUGACUGCUUUCGCUGAGAAGAAGAAGCCUGAGUGGUCUCAUGAGUGA